CGAGAUGUUAUGUGCAUAGUGAUGAAGUAAACGCCAAAACAACGAUGAUUUGCUAACAGGAAAUAAUUAAUAAUGGCUGAUGAUAUCGAUGAUCUGUUAGAUGAAGUUGAAACGAAAUUUUGCGAAAAACCCCAGUCAAAUGGUCGCCAUAACACAACAGGCACAGACAUUAAAAGGACCAUUAAAAACAGAUCAUGCCUUGAUGAUGACAUUGAUCAAAUACUGAACGAUGUGGAUGACAGAUUAGAUAACAUAACAUGUACAGACAAAAAACAUGGUGAUGCAAGCUCAAAUCAAGCAAGACCAGAAUCGGCAAAACGAUGUUUUCCUAUAUACCUUGGAGGGGCCUCAUUUGUGAUGGGUCAGGGGUCAGCUUUCAAUAAAAAAACCUGCAACAAGUUGCGUUGCACGUCUUGUGAUUUUCGAGUCAUCACGUUUGAUAACUUCAAGUGGGAUCGCAAUACAGAUUAUCUCUUUUUACGCAAUAAUGUCCCAGAGUUCCAGAAACUAAAAUCAAAACUGGUGUCCAAAAAAGGCUACAGGUCGUAUUGCUGUCAGUGCACCUGGAAAUCCGUCCAAGAUCUUGAAGAGCUCAAGUAUUCCGAACUGAAGUGGGUGUGUGGAAAACACUCUUGACCGUGCUCCGUUGAUGCAAAUUCAUAUGGGUGUGGUUCAGCAUGUACAUGAGUCUAGGUUUCAGAAUAAUCCUUUUAAUUUCCCACUCUUCCUGCCUUCUCCAUAAUAUAAUAUCUUUAUAAGAAAAAUGUUUGUUAUGAACAGUUUAGAACAUAUGAAUAUUAUGAAAUAUGGUCCACAAUGAAAGAUAGAUCCACAGAUUAGUUGUGCUUUUUUUUUUUUAGAUCAAAGGAUCUUUGAUUUGCAGUAUAUAAAUGAUAUAAUAUGUGAAAACCCCAGAUAGCUGGUGUUUGAACUUUUAAUUGUAUACAAGUACGAAAAUACAUUAAACACAGAAAAAGAAAGACAGGAUAGCACUUACCAACAUAGUAAUAGGAAACACUUCCACUAUUUUAACAUAUGGUAUUGUGUCGAUGAGCCUAGUAUGUAUGAUACAAAACUCACAGUUACCACAUAAGCUAUUCCUACUCAAAAACAGCAAGGAAUCUUUUUUUUUUUAAUGUGCUUUCUCACAAAUGAGUUACAUACCACAUCCUUUAAUUUACUGAUUGUGGCCCCAGGGGCUCGGGGCCCCCCUAAAUUUUGUGACAGUUAUAAUUUUAUUAUAUAUUAAUUUUUUCUUUUUUUUUACGAUCCCCUCCAAACCUCCCCAAAAGUUUCCUUGGAAUUCCGCUUCAUGUCAUCGAGGCCCCCCCUAAAUGGAUUUUCUGGAUCUGCCACUGGUAUGUGUUGACCAUAGCACUGGCCAGACUGCAUAACAAGCCUUAAUACCAUUGACAUUUAAAAGAAUUUU